UAACAACAGACUAAUUUUCAAAUUUAUGGAAACCAUAAUUUAUGCUAUCUUUAUGUGGAAAUCAAUUAAAAUUCUAUUAAUUUACAACCAAUUUUUAUAUAAAAGCAGUAGUAAGAAACCUAUACAUAUUACAUACCUAAAGAAAAUUAAAUUGGUGCAUUGCACCGGUUUUCGACCGCUAUAAAACGCCAGAAACUCGAAGAGUAUCAAAAUGACCUUGUUAGACGAUUUACCACAUGUGACCUCGUUCUUUGGCGCUGAUCUAAAGACUGGGUCGAUGAUAGUUGCUGCUUUGGGUGUGUUACAUCCAAUGGCAUACGGUUGCACUGCCUUCAUUUCUCUCAGCUAUUUACUGGUCACUAUUUGGAUAUUGGUGGCACUUUUCUUUGCUGCGAGCGUUGUCUUAUUCUGUGGCAUAGUACAGAACGACGCACUGUUCUGCACCAUUUGGAUAUGGUACGCGCUGAUUUUUGUGGUGCUGAUGCUGAUGAUGAUGACGCUGCUCGCCAUCGUGUUCACCUCCCGCCAACAGAGGACUAGAGUCAUCUUCGUCAUACUCGGCAUAGUGUGGUACAUUCUAACAAUAUAUUUCAUUCUCGUAGUAAACAGUCAUCGGAAGGCAUUGAGUUACAAAAAGUAAUUUGAUUAACCAGGAUUCGGAUACAGGCAAAAAAUAAAAACUGAAGAAAA